GAGCUUGAGAGUCUCGGAAAUAUUCACAAUGAUGGGAAAUGGGUAUGAUGUCGAAGUCUUGGUAUGGAAGUGAAAAUUACUACAUUGCGGCUAAGCAACCUGACUAGACCGUUCCAGGUUAAGACGGAUACGUGACCAUGGUCUUCCCCCCGCCUCCAAGUUUCUAUAUCAUCCCCUCCCUUUUCCUCCUCUCCUCCUUAUCACACUCUCUUCAGCGUCAAUCUCGCUGGAAAAAGAAACCACUCAUAUAUCUCCCCUGAUCUCUCACCGGGUCACUUGAGGCCCGGCCUACGUUAUACAGCCAUGGUCGCAGCUACCGCCAACGCAGCCAACGCCUGUCGUCAGAUCCCAUCGGUCGAACCACCGUGAUUCUUCUACGGGGCAUAUUAGUUCGCUCCCCGGCGGUGAUUUCGACGAUUAUUAUCCUGUUUCUGUUCCGUCGCCAUAUUUUGAUCAUCAUAAUAAUACAUUUACGCCGUCAUCAUCGUCAUUCAUUGCGCCCUUUUCUUCUCCCUUUGUGAACGUUUCUCAGAGCGACUUCGUUGCUGGACCGGAAGCUGGUCAUUCCGGUUUACUCGAUUCAGAUUAUUUGUUUCCGUUUUCUUCUUGUGACCCGACCUUUAUUGAAGGCUUUCCUGAUACGUACGUUGAGUCUGUGGGGCAACCGAAUUACUUGGAUUCGGCCUUGGAAGCAACUGGUAUCAUAGGACAUCAAUCAGGGAUUCCAAGCGAAUCAAUGAUAGCGCAGACUUCACCCCAUUCUGAAACUGUUUCUAGUGAGGAAUCCGCGAAAGAUACGCCUGGUGAACAGCAGUCGAAGGAGUCCACUAGUCGCGUGACAAAGCGUCGACUCAACACACUCGCUGCUCGCAGGUACCGACAAAGGCGUGUCGAUCAGGUCAAGAACCUGGAGGCUGAACUAGAAAAGGUGAAGCGUGAACGGGAUGAGUUGAUGCUGCGUGUUUCCAAGUUGGAGGGUGAAACGGACAUUCUUCGGAGUUUGCUUAAAGAUGGGAAGGGGUCUAAGUAAUCGAUAUUGUUUUGUCGGUGUUCGUGUAGCAUUCAGCCUCGGUAUAUUUCCUGCUGUACGGCUUAGGCUAGGCGUUCUCCGGAGGUCCGUAGUGCCAGCUGGCCUGAUUGAAAGACCGAUUAGUUAAUAGCCCUACGGGACAAGGUUAUGUCAUUACCGUGCUAGCCAAGCCAACAGACAAUAAUAUACAAUGUAAAAUGCAACGAUC